AUGAGCGACUAUACCCAGCAGCAGCAGCCGCCGCAGCAGGCGUCGUCGGCCCGUGUCUUGACGGUGUCAGAGUUUCUCGACCGCGUAGGCAGCCUACGCAGUGACAUCAAGAGUUUGACAACGGAUGUCGACUACAUCGGCCAGCUCCACCAGCGCUCCCUCAGCAGCACCGACGGCCAGGCCCGCGACGAGCUGGAGCAGUACGUCUCUCAGACCCAGAUCCGGAACACGGCCAUCAAAGAUGGCAUCAAGGGCCUCGAGAAGGACCUGGCCCGCACCACCGACGUGUCGCGCAACACCAAGAACACUCAACUCCAGUCGCUCCGCACCUUUUUCAAGUCGGAACUCGACAAGUACCAGAGCAUCGAACGCGACUACCAGAACCGCUAUCGCGAGCAGAUUGCCCGCCAGUACCGCAUCGUCAACCCCGAGGCUUCCGAGGAGGAGGUCAACGAGGCCGCCAAUGUCGAUUGGGGGAACGAGGGUGUUUUCCAGGCUGCUCUCCGCACCAACCGCACCGGUCACGCCAGCUCUGUCCUAGGCAACGUCCGUGCCCGUCACAACGAGCUCCAGCGCAUCGAACAGACCCUGUCCGAGCUGGCCGUCCUCUACCAGGAGCUCGCCGCUAUUGUCGAGCAGCAGGACCCCGUCGUCCAGGCCGCCGAGACGAAUGCCGAGAACACGGUCGAGAAUAUCGAAAAGGGCAACCAGCAAGUCGAGCAGGCCAACAAGCAUGCCAAGCACCGCCGCAAGCUCAAGUGGUGGUGCUUCCUCGUCGUCGUCCUCAUCAUCCUUGCCAUCGCCCUCGGCGUCGGUCUGGGUAUCGGUCUCGCCAAUUCCAAGUAA